AUGGUUGAAGAUACGGUCCCGAAGCCCGAAGUACCCGUUGAGAAUGGGGUCGUCGAUAAGCCUUCGGCAGACCCACCAGCCAUUGAAGAGCCCUUAGCUCAGGAACCACCGGCUCCGGAGCCGACUAUAGUACAGGGCACCACAGAACUUACAGCCAGAAAGUCGAACACACAAGUAGAGGAAACGAAGAUCGAAGCGUCUCCAAAGGCUGAACCGACAACCAAUGAGUUAGCCUCAGAGUCAACAUCUGCAGAGUCAACAUCUGCAGAGUCAACAGCCACUGAGCAAACGUCCAAUGAGCUGGUGACUGCUAAGUCUUCAACUCCACAGACAACUGCUACAGAGUCCACUUCUAAAGAUUCCAUAGCGGAAGCUUCAAAAACCAAGGAACCCUUUACCCUCCCUCUCCUAAGAGGCAAGAUCACACUUGAGGAUGCUCUCGUUCAGGAGGAGGACAUGCUUAUUCGACUUUCUUUGGUUGACAAGCGAUUUGAUUUCUUUCUGUGGAUAGUUCAACAUAAGAAAGAGAUUCAAGAACUCGUUUCAUUCCAACUGGGCUUAAGUUCACCAGAGCAAUGUCGUGUUGGCGAUGUUAGAGAGUGGCUUCACGGCAGCUUCAACGUUUGCGUCCCCAUUUAUGUGAAAAAAGGGGUAACUCCAACUGAGAAGCGACUUCUAAUUCGCUUUCCAUUACCGUACAAAAUUGGAGAGGCGAAUUAUCCGGGAAACGCGGACGAGAAACUUCGUUGCGAGGUUGCAACCUACGUAUGGAUGCAGGAAAACUGUCCUGAUGUCCCCAUACCAAAGUUAUGGGGUUUUGGAUUUGUUGAUGGCCAAACGGGAUAUAUUCUUGUCGACUUUAUAGCGGAUCCAGGCGUACAAAUGCUUUCCGUUACAUGGGAGAAACAACGCCAGGAUGACCGUAAAAGACAGACCCUUUUCAGGGAUCUUUCGCGUGUUAUGCUUUCUUUAAGCCGGAUACCCCAGCCUCGUAUUGGCUCUUGGACAAUCGAUUCAGAGGGUUUGAUCCACCUAGCUAACCGUCCGCUUACCCUUCGGUUACAUGAAUUUGAGAACUUGGGUAUACCUACUGGUAUUGACAGAAAGAUGACAUAUCUUACCUCAGAGGCUUACUAUCGUGACACUCUGUUUUAUCACGACAACCGUAUACGGUAUCAGCCAAACUCCAUGAAUGACGAAGAGGACGGUCGUUCCCAGAUGGCCAAUCUUGCUAUGAUGCGAACGGUACUCUCUGACUAUACAAGUCGUGACGUCCGCCACGGACCGUUCUUCUUCCAACUGACAGACCUUCACCAGAGCAACAUAUUUGUUGAUGAGGAUUGGCACAUCAAGUAUAUGAUUGACCUCGAGUGGGCAUGCUCGCUCCCAGUGGAACAUCUAUUUCCCCCCUGGUGGAUGUCAGGCCGCUUUGUGGAUGGGCUUACGGACGAGCAUCUGGAGGUUUUUACCAACACUUAUAAAGAGUUCGCCGAUAUUUUCGAGGAAGAAGAGAGGUUACUGGCGCCUUUCCCUAUUAAUGGCAUUGAGCUGUAUCGCACAAGUAUCAUGAGGAGAGGGCUGAGUAAGGGGACGUUUUGGUAUUUGUCCUCACUCGACAGCCCGAAAGGAUUAUAUAACUUGUUUCACCAACAUAUUCAGCCACGAUAUGCUCAAGAUCAUCGAAAAGGUUCGGAAUAUCCAAAAAUUGCGUACAAAUACUGGGCUGCUGAUGCGGACGAAGUCUUAUCUACAAAGAUGAAGGACAAAGAGGUAUAUGAUGAGAAACUAAGGGAGCUCUUCCGGAAAUCUGCUAACGAAGAGUCGUCUUGA